UAAAUUAUAACCUUUAAUUAUCUUCUACAUAAUUACACGUAUAUAAGCAGAAUCCUGCUUAAUAUCAAUCAUACUUGUGAGAAGUUUUGAAUAAUAAACAUUUCAAGAUGAAAGUAACUAAUGGAUUAUUUUUGGUAUUCUUAGUUAGUGUGCUUGCUUGUGGAAUAGCAGCAUCGCCUAAGAAAAUAUAUCGCAUCCCACCGCAGGCAUCUGAGAAAAUUGUAGAAGAGGUGUUAAAAUGUGUUCAGAAGAUGGGCCUGGAUUCUACAGUAGUGAAUCUGCUUAAAGAAGGAAAAUACACCGAAGACGACAGAGUGAUUGAAACAUUAAUGUGUUCGAACCAAAAUGUUGGCAAUGUGAAUGGAGAUGGUAAAGUUAAUAUCGAUAAAGUAAUGAAUGAUAUUUUCUCAAACAAACCUGAAAUCCGCUCGGCAUUGGUUGCUUGUGAAAAGGAUGGUGGUAAAAGUCCACUAGAAACAUUUAAGAACUUUAUAUUAUGCUUCAAAGAGAAGGUACCAGUGAAAGUAAUGCUGUAAUCAGUUUUAUUGGACACGUAGGUUCAACUCACAUUGGUAUUAUGACGAUUUGCUCAAAUGCAUCUUUGUUAUUAGUGUAAUAAAGUCAUUAAACAGUGAA